AUGGAGAGCAUGUUCUACUCCGCCAGGGCCUUCAACCAGCCAAUCAAUUCCUGGAACACGUCUGCAGUGACCACCAUGGACUAUAUGUUCUUCGACGCCAGGGCCUUCAACCAACCACUCAGUUCCUGGAACACGUCUGCAGUGACCAACAUGCGGAGUGGCUACGUUAAUGCACCGCCCAGUGUCACGCUAACACCGUGGCCACCAUUCUGUGGUGCCGGGACCCUGGACUGGGCACAGCCAGCCACCAGACUGGCAAACCGCCGGCUACCACACCGGAACACUGGCACAGACCAGCUCCAAUUGGCGCAAGCCAUACAUCACUUUGCAAAAUACAACGUACCGAUGUGGGCUCUGCCCCAUCACACCCAGUUCACUGGGACCAGCACUCUCGUAGCAGCAGCAGCUGCUAAACACAGCAUUGACACUGUUGGGUGCACUUUCAAAACUACAACCACCAUGGAGAGCAUGUUCUGCUGGGCCUGGAAGUUCAACCAGCCAAUCAAUUCCUGGAACACGUCUGCAGUGACAACCAUGGACUAUAUGUUCUUCGACGCCAGGGCCUUCAACCAACCACUCAGUUCCUGGAACACUUCUGCAGUGACCACCAUGGCGGGCAUGUUCUACAGGGCUUUUGCCUUCAACCAACCACUCGAUUCCUGGAACACGGCUGCAGUGACCACCAUGGACAGAAUGUUCUUUGAAGCCUGGGAGUUCAACCAGCCACUCGGUUCCUGGAACACGGCUGCAGUGACCACCAUGGAGAGCAUGUUCUCUGAUGCAAAGGCCUUCAAUCAACCAAUCGGUUCCUGGGACACGUCUGCAGUGACCACCAUGGAGAGCAUGUUCUUUGAAGCCUGGAAGUUCAACCAGCCAAUCGGUUCCUGGAACACUUCUGCAGUGACUAUCAUGAAGAGCAUGUUCACAGGUGCCGAGGCCUUCAACCAGCCACUCAAUUCCUGGAACACGGCUGCAGUGAACGACAUGAAGCGCAUGUUUUGGCAGGCCAAGGCCUUCAACCAGCCAGUCGGUUGUCGCCAGAAACCACAAACCACCAUGCAGAGCAUGUUCCACGACGCCAGUGCCUUCAACCAGCCACUCGCUUCCUGGGACACGUCUGCAGUGACCACGAUGGACAGCAGCGGCUAUCAAAAAGAGAGCGCCUCCCGGCCAAUUACUUCUUGUAGUUUGCCACGGCAGUCGCGGGCCUUAGCAGGUGCGAAGCUCUCUCAGUUUCAAUGCAGCAUGGCAUGCGUUUGUCGUGCUGACGCUGCGUCUAUGGAUGUGACCAAACCAGAGUUGCGAUGCCUCCUUGCGGGCGGUGCGGGCGGUUCAGCCCGCACACGUCGUAAGCGCAACAAUCCACAGCAUGAGUCACCACAAAGCCUGGCUACUGCUUUGACAAAUGUGAUCCAGCAGUGGCAGCCUAGCAAUCAAAAUACGCCUGAAGACCACACUUGGGGGUGGCGGAAAAGAAGGAAACAAGCAAAUAAUUCAUGGCAAGGAUACCGGGCUGACAGCUCUCCUGACACCAGCCUUGCUCGCGAAUUGCUACAGCUUCUUCAGAAACUUUGCGCAAACCAAGCAAGUGACCAGGAAGUGAUCACAGCCACCAGCAGGCUGAUUGACACCAACCAAGGACACAGCCGUGACCUUGGGAAACCAGUUGCGGUCAGGGAAGUCAGAUACAGCAAGCCCCAGAGUGGAGCGAAAGCUUCAAAUCAUGGUGCCAAUCGCUGGGGAAAACAGACCAACCCCAACCGAGGCUGCAGCCAUCAAGAUAUCACUGGUUUUGUGCCCAGCGAAUGGAAUGCCCAACCAAAGUUCCUAUCCGUGCAUGAGAUCAUUUCUCAGAUAAAAGCAGGAAUAGCCUUGCAAGCCAACAUCACCGAAGUUUACACCAAAGAACAGUGUGCGAACCUGCGCACCCUUUGGCAUAGCUAUGGGUGCAAGGGCUCUUUGACCAUGCUGCUCACCAAGGAUGCCAAAGACACCCUGGGGGCCACGGCUACCCGUGUUCGCAUAUCCAGGGCGCAUGGCACACCGAAAAUUGAAGAAAUAGCUCUCCUGCGCUUAGGAGAUACCAACAGUGGAUUGUGGAUCUUGCCCGCAGUCAAAGUUGAUGAGGGGAAAAUCAAAACAGUCCAAAGAAGCACUGUCAGAGUCAUUGCACCUUUGGAAUUCCGAAAGCACUUCUUGGAUUCAGGCCAAGACCUACCCAGAUUGGUGGCGGCUGCCAUGGCCCAGUGGAGUGAAAAAAUAAAAGCCUCUCACCUCAUGGGUGGCAAAUGGAAUCACACGCAGGUCCAUCAACAAGACUUGCUCACAGGCUGGCUGAUUUUGCCAACAGAACAGGCUAAGGAGCUUGUUGUCAAUAGCGGUCGCCAGGGUGUUUUUGCCCAGAUCCAAGAAAACAAUACUGGACCCAGGCCCAUCCGUUGGUUUCAACGACAGAACAACGAAAAUGCCGAGACCUAUUUGCAAAGAUGUCUCAAGGGCCAAGCGGCCAACUACCUCCUCCGAGGGGCUCCAAAGAUGUGGCAGACUGAAGAGAUCGAAGAUUUUCUCAAUCAACAGAAAUGGAAAGCCGUGCAACGCAUUUCCAAAGUGAGAUAUCGAAACGAAUGGCGUUUUCAUGCCCAGCCACCUUCAGCUAUGCAGGAAAAUUACCAUUACGAUUUGGCAGAAGGCUACAUGUCAUGCAUCCCAGCUCCUGUCAGACAACACCAGCCAACCUGGCAACAACCUGUCAGAAACACAUGGCGAGGAAAUGAGCUGGGGAAAAUUGGAAAUGAAGCCAACAAUCCUGGCGAUACCGGUGACGUCAUGGCAACUGCUCUGGAUCAGGACUCCAGUCAAGCUUCACAAAAAGAGGCUGGUAGGGAAAGAAGUCGGAGCCCAGUUCGCUCCAAGCAGCGGCAGGCUGUUGCAGAUGACCCAGAUUUGAUCCCAACAGACAUCGCGGAAUGUUUCAAAAAUGGCUGGGAAAGUCAAGAUGUUGGUGGCAAUGGAGAUUGUUUUUAUCGAAGUAUUGCUGCUUGUCAACACUGGCAAAAGCAUCAUAAGUUGAUCACUGCUGAAACUGCUGCCCUCUGCAGGGCAGAGCUUCGUGCGUCAGCUGUUUUGCACGCCCAGAAGCAUAGUAGCAGGCUCUCUAGCUGGUUUGCGCCAGAUUCCAAAGAAACCCCCGCUGAAAGGGGGUGCAAUCCGCAGGCAACGAACAUCAGUGAAUGGUGUGAACUGCAGAUGAAACAGGAAGUCUGGGCAGAUGGCCUUAGCAUCCAGUGCCUGGCUGAGACCUUGGGACUUGUCAUUGUGAUUUUCAAACAAUCAGAGGAUAGAUGGGACAGAUUCACAUUCGCACCUGGCUUUAAGCAGGAUGUUGCAAUGAGCAGACGCAAUGGACUCAUGAUGUCCAUUCGCAGUCUUGCAUGUCGCAUGCUCCUGACCGGAGACACAACGCUUCGAAGAGGACGACAUUCUGAGCCACUUGUGCAAGCUAGGGAUACUGCUCGUGCCAAACGAAACACCAGAGAUCGCCUAGGGCCCAAGUUCAAAGCCAUCGCCAGCAUCCAAGCAAAACAGGCCAUUUUGGCCAAAGCCAACAAGCAAGCCGCAGCGGCAAAGCUGUGCACGGUCAAAGAGCAGAGAGCACAAAGGGCGGAAGCAAACAGAUUGCAGAGACAAGAUAGAGAGCGAGUCAGCCGCAUCAGCUCCGAGUCAGGGCAGCUGAUCCACGCUGUGCUGCACGGGGGGCAACGGGACAUCAACGUCCUCUGUAUUUACCGGCACCACAGUGAUGCCGAUUUUGCCAUUUUGCAUGAAGCUGCGCUGAUUGUUAGCCGCCUAGGUGUUCUGUUGCUCGACAUGACCGGAGUGUUCACCCAAUUGAUGCAAUUUGGUCUUCGGGAGGGCUUCAAGCCUCCAGUGCCUCCGAAAUUCCAGGUGAUGGAGACCACACCAUCGCACAGAGCUCCUUCCCUCUUGCAUUUCAAAAAUGUAAGGCAACUCCAAGAUGCGCACCGCAACGAUGCACUUCAGAAAUGGCGCGCCCGAAUGCGCGAUCUCCCACAAGCUUGUCAGUGGCUCAGGAAGGAAGAAGAAUUCGCUGCAGAUGUUGACGCUCUCCUUUCGGCUUAUCAGGAUGACUUCCCUGAUCCAUUACCCACACCUAAUCUUCCGCCCAUCACAGGAGAGGACACGCUCAGGGCAGCUCGCCAAAUGCACAGAAAAGCAGCUGGCUUGGAUGGAAUUUGCCCUUCCUGGUUAGCAUUGCUGCCGUGCGAGGCACAUAGGCGGCUUGCAGAGAUGAUGGAUGCCUUUGAGCAACAGGGGGCGUGGCCGGAAGCCACUUGUUACUGGAAGAUCGCAGCCCUGCCAAAGAAAAGGCAUGGCACUUUGCCUUCAUUGGGUGAAGUCAGACCAAUCGCAAUCGGCUCAGCCAUCUAUCGUAUUUGGGGCAGAAUCAGAUUGGGCCAUCUGGCUCCCAUUCUAGCUCAAUAUCUGGAUCGGAACCAGUCGGGGGGCAUCGGCGGAGAGGACGUCUCCUCCCUUCUAUUGACUUUGGACAUCGAUCUUGAUCCCACAAAAUUUCCGUGCCUCAUGGCACUAGAUUUUACCAAGGCAUUUGACUCUUGCGAUUACACUUUGGCUCUGGCCGUCAUGUCCCGGCUUGGCCUUCCUGCCCGUGUGGUCAAUCUUUUGGGAGCACAAUGGCGGCGACAGAAACGUUGGAUGUCUUUUGCAGGGGUGUGUGCGCGGCUCCCUAUCCAAAAUUGUUUGGCAUUACCCCAAGGAGAUCCCUGGUCUCCCAUAGCAAUGUCACUGGUUCUCAUGCUUGCGAAGCGGCACCAAGAGAGGUUGGUUCCGGAGUCCAGAUGCUUGCUGUACCUCGAUGAUCGCACGCUUGUUGCUCCCACUCCCGGCAUCCUGGCCGCAGCUCUUAAUGCUUGGAAUGUGCUCCAUGCCCACACUCGACUCCGCACUAAUUCCAGCAAAACCCAAGUGCUGGGGCGAAAUUGGAAGGGGUAUCUGGCGUUGCAGGCGGCUAAUCUGUCGCCGACUGCCACGGCUGAAGUGCUGGGUGUCACCAUUGGCAUCGCGCCCAGAGCUCAAUCCAAUGCUGAACUGUCCCGUGCCAAAAAAUGCACAACGAUUGCACAGCGUAUUAGUGUUUUGCCGGUAUCCCAAAACUUCCGGGCCGGCCUCGCGGCCCUUACUCUUGCUUCCAAGAGGGUCAAAGGGUGGCUGGCAUCUGACCGCAAUGAUGCCAAGCUGGCCCGGGCAAACAAUUUGGCUAUUUCUGAUAACCUAAUCACUAAGCUUCACCGGGCGGCCACACAUCUGUCCGCGCAUGAGAUUGGUUGUCGCCAGAAACCACAAACCACGAUGGACAGCAUGUUCUACUCCGCCAGGGCCUUCAACCAGCCAAUCAAUUCCUGGAACACGUCUGCAGUGACCACCAUGGACUAUAUGUUCUUCGACGCCAGGGCCUUCAACCAACCACUCAGUUCCUGGAACGCUUCUGCAGUGACCACCAUGGCGGGCAUGUUCUACAGGGCUUUUGCCUUCAACCAACCACUCGAUUCCUGGAACACGGCUGCAGUGACCACCAUGGACAGAAUGUUCUUUGAAGCCUGGGAGUUCAACCAGCCACUCGGUUCCUGGAACACGGCUGCAGUGACCACCAUGGAGAGCAUGUUCUCUGAUGCAAAGGCCUUCAAUCAACCACUCGGUUCCUGGGACACCUCUGCAGUGACCAACAUGAGGAGUAUGUUCGAAUCGGCGGAGGUCUUCAACCAGCCACUCGAUUCCUGGGACACCUCUGCAGUUACCAACAUGGAGGGCAUGUUCAGCUAUACCAUGGCCUUCAACCAACCACUUGGUUCCUGGGACACGUCGGCAGUGAUUACGAUGGAUAAAAUGUUCUACAGGGCCAUGGCCUUCAACCAGCCACUCGGUUCCUGGAACACCUCUGCAGUGACCACCAUGGAGAGCAUGUUCUGGGGUGCCAAGGCUUUUGCCCAGCCGAUUGGUUCAUGGAAAACAUCCUCCCUGAAACGUCACGAUCUGAUGCACCACGCGCUCCUCCCACCCUGCCAGCCGGGCAGAGCUCCCGGCCAAAACGCCCUCAUGUGCGAGCGGUGUGGAGUGAGGCAAUAUUCCACCGGCGAUUCCUGUCAAGGAUGCCCGCCAGGUUCGGUACCGUCGGAACACCGGGAUACGUGUGAAGACUGCCCGGUGCUCCAGUACUCUGUCAGUGGAGCGGACAGCUGUUUGGCAUGCGACUUGCCAUUGGCCUUGGUGGACAACGAAUGUGUGUGGUGGCACCUGCCCGUUGUGGCGAUCACUUUGUCCGCUUUGGCAGUUGCUGUUCAUCUACUGUUUCGGUGUCUCCGUUCCAGACGAGAAAAGAAAAUCGCCUGUGUCAUGGACAAAGUCUACAACGAGUUGUGGGAUGAAGAGCCGGCCAUGGUGGCCACAUACACAGAGAAGUUGGUAAGUCUUGGUCUGCCAAAAGUUCAAAUACAACAAAGAUUCUGUGAGAUCCGCGCUCUGCAGAGCGAAAGAGCCGGCGUGAGCAUAGGAUAUCUCCUUUCAGGAGAGUUUACGCAGCUGGCUACAGAUCGCAGCAGCAAAGAUGAACCAACCUUCAUGGACCUCAAAACGGCAUUCUGGUUGUCAGAGCAACCAAUUGGCCGAGACAUCAUCUGCCCGCGGGAUGGGAAGGCAGGAUGCGCUUUGGUGGACUGGAUCCCACGGGAGCAUCGCAGACAACAAACUCACUUUAUGAGUUGGACAUGGAAAUACACCCUGCAGCAGGUGCAAAGCGCGUUGCAGAUGUUUGGAGACGGUUUGGUGGGGCCUUGCUAUUUCUACGUUUGCUUCUUCGUCAACAACCAAUUCCGUAUCCUUUUGGAGCAGACUGCCGCGGGCAGCGACAAUCUCGAAGCGGUUUUCGAAGACAACUUGAAGCGAAUAGGCAAAAUGGUGGCCAUUUUGGAUACAUGGGAGCGACCUGUGUACCUGACUCGCAUCUGGACGGUCUUCGAACAGUUUGUGGCCUCCACGAUUCAGAUCGAGGUCCAGUUCGUCAUGCCGAAGGCCACAGCGAAGCAGUUGCAGGGUGAGAUCGCAUCGGGUUCUGAAGGCAUUGACAGAGUGAUCGACGCGCUGAGCCAGGUGGAUUCAGCAAGAGCAGAAGCAUGGAAGUUGGAGGAUGAGGUCAAAGUGAAAUCUAUGAUCCAGGACACUGUCGGUUUCCAGCAUGUUGACGCUCACGUGACGGAUGUCAUGACCACGUGGAUUGGCAAAGUCGUUGAACAGACAUGCCGAGAGUUGCUGAACAAAGCACGUGCGAAGAAAGCCUUGGCGAGCAGCGAUGGCGGCAAUGGCCAGGCGGACUGCAACGACAUCAACUGCGAGGGACCGCUUUUCCGUUAUUUUAUCGGCGUGGCACGCUGCCACGCUGGAAAUUCGUUAGGGCAUCCACAGCGAUGCUCAUCGUUGCUUUUUUUCCUCGCGUUGGAUCGAUUCCAUAGUUUUGCAAGUUCUAUCAUAUCCUUGACUUGGAACUGGCUGAUCCAAAUUUUCGGCGAGUUGCAUAGCACCCAGAAGUGGUGGCACAGCCAGCAGGAUCACCGCUACUCGAUACCUGUUGGCACUGAUGGAAUCAUGAUGGCUUCGGCUAAAAGGGAGCUCACCACUAUCAAUCAGGGUCCAUUCUGCUGGAAAACUGAUGGGAGUUCCUAUGUCCCUAUGUUUGAGACCUAUCUACCAUUACUUUUUGGAACCUCAGACUUGAACUGGGGCUCAGGCUGA